AUGGCCGCUCCCUUGGAUGACAUGUUUUCGCGUUGCGCUGAUCCCUUUCAAACUGCUAACUGCGUAGAAGUCCGGUUCAUCGACAAUGUCAAGGGUAAAGGACUGUUCGCGAAGAGACCUUUCAGGAAGGGUGAGAUCAUCUUUGCUGAGCGUCCCCUUGUGUCUACUCAGUUCUUGUGGAAUGCCUUGUACAAGUAUAAAGCGUGUGAGUACUGUCUGCGUGCUCUGGAGACGGCAGAGGAAAAUGCACGUCGACUCAGUGCUCUACCUGCCCUCAGCCUGCCCCACCCUGAGCUGUGUAAGGUCCGAGCUGAGCUGCACCAGGCCUGCCCACACUGCCAGGUGAUGUACUGUAGCAGCGAGUGCAGACAGGCUGCGUGGGAUCAGUAUCACCAGGUCCUGUGUCUGGGACCGUCACAUCAUGAUCCCGAUCAUCCGCUCAACAAGCUGCAGGACGCGUGGAGGAGUGCACACUAUCCUCCAGAAACCUCCAGCAUCAUGUUAAUGGCCAAAAUGGUUGCUGUUGUCAAGCAGGCUCAAGACAAGGGCCGCUGGCAGAGGCUGUUUUCCCACUUUUGCAGCCGUGCAGCCAACGAGCAGGAGGAAAUGGCACACAAACUGCUUGGAGAGAAGUUCCAGGGCCAGCUGGCUUUGCUGCAUAACCUGUUUACUACAGCACUCUAUGAUGAUCAUCUCAGUCAGUGGUUCACUCAAGAAGGCUUUCGCUCUCUUUUCGCACUCGUCGGGACCAACGGCCAGGGCAUCGGCACCAGUUCCCUCAGCCAGUGGGUUCAUGCGUGUGAUGCACUGGAGCUUCCUCACCAGCAGAGGGAGCAGCUAGAUGCCUUUAUUGACCAGUUAUACAAGGACAUCGAUAAAGAAACGGGCGACUUCCUCAACUGUGAAGGAUCCGGUCUCUUCCUUCUGCAGAGCUCAUGUAACCACAGCUGCAUACCGAACGCAGAGGCGUCUUUCCCCGACAACAACUUCCUGCUUCACCUGAGCGCCCUGAGUGACAUCAGCCCUGGCGAGGAAAUCUGUAUCAGCUACUUGGACUGUUGCCAACGAGACAGGAGUCGUCAUAGCCGGCAUAAGAUCCUGAGAGAGAACUACCUGUUUGUGUGCUCGUGCCAGAAGUGCAUAUCCCAGAUGGAUGAUGCGGACGUCACCUCAGAGGACGAUGAUGAGGGGGAAGGAGAGACAGAAGGGGAUGAAAUUGAGGAUGAGAUGACGGACGUGUGAUGACGAUCGGGUUUUGGGUUUCACCAUUUCCCCCCAUUUCAGCCCUGUCUUCUUGUGGACAUUUACAUUUUCAUAUCAUCAUAAUGAAAAAUACCGGGGUUACAAUAGCUCUGUUCAUGCAAUAGGAGAGUAACCUCUGGGUUAUGCAAAGUAGUGUUUUUUUUGGGUCUCACUUCUACACCUUUUAAUUCCCAUCAAGUAAAUGGUGCCAAGAAUG